AUGACGAGAAGCUCUCGGAUUGAAAGCGCAGAGGUUGCAAAAGUCUCGAAACCCCCAUUGUCAGAUAUAAAACGUUCUAAAACCUCAUGUGAAGGGAAUGAUACGGCAAAAGUUGAUUCUCUUGUAGAGGAGAACAUUGUAGACUCUAAUUCUGAAUUAUCAUGCCACUCUUUUUCUGGAUUCUCUGCUUCCACUGGUGUUAAUGAAUCGUCUGAUGAUUCAUCUGUUUGUGAGAGUAUCAUCUCAAAUGAGAAUGAGCGAUCCGAGGGACAUAUUUCUAACUGA